UUUGUCAUUAAUUUAAUCAUUCAUCGUUGUACCUGCUUAUUGUAGGUUGCAUCUUUGAACAUUAAUAUCUUCUGAUAUAUUUCAAUUUAAAAACAAUGACUACGGUUAGUGUAAUAUUUUUAUUGUCAGUGAUUUUUUUUAGAGUCCAUGCAACAGAAAAGGCAUACUUCUUACAAGAAGAUUUCAUUGACCAAAUCAACGAAGUCGCUACAACAUGGAAGGCCGGUGUCAACUUCGAUCCAAACACACCAGUGGAGCAUAUGUUGAGACUUUUGGGAUCGAAAGGUGUGCAAAAAAAUAAAACCCUUAGUCCAGAAAUGUACAAAACACACGACGUCGCUUACAAAAACAUGCAACAUCCUCCCCAUCAUCCUCCGAUCCCGCCGAAUUUCGAUGCGAGGCGACAUUGGCGUAAAUGUGACAGCUUGAUCGGAGAAGUCCGUGACCAAGGCAAUUGUGGAUCGUGUUGGGCGAUGUCUACGAGUUCAGCGUUCGCUGAUCGUUUGUGCAUAGCCACCGAUGGACAAUUCAAUGAACUACUAUCCGCAGAAGAACUGACGUUUUGCUGUCAUCUAUGCGGUUUCGGUUGCAAAGGGGGUUGGCCGAUUAAAGCUUGGGAGUAUUUCAGAAAACAUGGUAUAGUUACCGGAGGAGAUUAUCAAUCUUACGAAGGCUGCCAACCAUACAGAAUCCCUCCGUGCCCUUAUGAUCAAUCGGGCAACAACACGUGCAGUGGUAAACCAAUGGAAAAAAAUCAUAGAUGUACAAGGAUGUGUUAUGGAGAUAAAUAUAUUGAUUUCAAAAAAGAUCAUAGAUUCACUCGAGAUGCCUAUUAUCUAACAUAUAAUACAAUCCAGUUCGACGUAAUGACUUAUGGGCCCAUUGAAGCGUCGUUUGAUGUCUACGACGAUUUUUUCAGCUAUAAGUCAGGAGUAUACGUCAAAUCAGAUAAUGCGACACUCUUAGGUGGCCAUUCGGUUAAAUUAAUUGGAUGGGGUGAGGAAUUCGGAGUUCCAUAUUGGUUGAUGGUUAAUUCGUGGAAUGAAGAAUGGGGAGACCGUGGAUUUUUCAAAAUUCGCCGAGGCACAAACGAAUGCGAAGUCGAUAAUUCAAUGACAGGAGGUAUUCCAGUGGUCCACAAUGAUUCAGUUUAAAAAAUAAAUAAAAAUGUAAUCUAUUUGUUAAUUUAAUAUUUAUUAAAUAAAUGUUUAGUAGUGUCGAUGUUUAUCGAUUAACUCAUGUUAGUGUGAAAU